AUGGGGGCGUGCGGAUCGACCCCGGAGGACGCGCCGUACAAGGAGAAGAAUGAGCGGACGGGAAAGGCGAACCCGGUGGGGAAGACGGCGCGGCCGUCGAGCGUGCUCGGACGGGAAACCCCGGACGUGAACGAUCUGUUCGAAUUCCACGAUGAACUGGGUCGGGGUCAGUUUGGGACGACGUUCUUGGUCACGGAGAAGGCGACUGGGCGUAAGUGCGCGUGCAAGGCGAUCUCCAAGCGGCAGUUGCAAAACGCCGAGGACAUCGAAGAGGUGAGAAAUGAGGUGAGAAUCCUUCAUCACCUCUCCGGUGAUAAUCGCGUCGUCGAACUCGUCGGUGCGUACGAAGGCAAUAAGCACGUUUACAUCGUCAUGGAGCUCCUUUCUGGCGGUGAACUCUUCGAUCGCAUUGUUGAAAAGGGCAAGUACAGCGAGAAGGACGCGUCCGAGACCUUGCGCACCAUCGUUGAGACUGUGGAGUACUGCCACGAGCUCAGCGUCAUGCACCGCGAUUUGAAGCCCGAAAACUUCGUUCUCAAGACGAAGGAUCGGGAUUCGCCGGUGUGCGCCAUCGACUUUGGUUUGUCUACGUUCUUCCGCGAUAACCAAGUCUUCGUUGAUCUUGUCGGGAGCCCGUACUACGUCGCUCCGGAGGUGCUCCGUCGCAGAUACGGCCGCGAGGCCGACAUCUGGUCGUGCGGUGUCAUCCUUUACAUCCUUCUCUCCGGCGUUCCGCCUUUCUGGGCGCAAACCGAGCAAGGCAUUUUCGACGCCAUCUUGCAGGGCUCGCUCGAUCUCGACAGCGACCCGUGGCCGAAAAUCAGUAGCGAAGCCAAGGAGCUCAUCUCUGGCAUGCUGCAAUCGGAUCCGUCGAAACGUAUGACGGCGGCUCAGGUGCUGAAGCAUCCGUGGGUGGCCGAUCCGAACGUCGCGCCGAAGACCAAGCUGGACAACACCGUGUUCAAGCGCUUCAAGAACUUUGCCGGUAUGACGAAGUUCAAGAAGAUGGGUCUCAUGGCCAUGGCAAAGACCAUGACCUCGGACGAGGUCGCUGGCUUGAAGGAGCUCUUCAAGAGCUUCGACACCGAUGGCUCUGGUACCAUCUCCAUCGACGAACUUCGUCAGGGCUUGAAGCUCAAGUCGGCCGGACCAGCGAUGGAAGAACUCAGAGCCAUCAUGAAGACAAUUGACAUUGACGGAAGCGGCGAGCUUGAUUACGAAGAGUUCAUCGCGGCGACGCUCGCGACGUCCAAGCAACAAUCAAACGAUGCCGUUCGACGCGCUUUCGAUUACUUCGAUAAGGACGGCGACGGUUCGAUCACGGUACAAGAGUUUGAGGAAGCCUUCAAGAAGAUGACGGACGUUGAACGGGCCAACUUGGGUGACAUCGGCAGCCUCAUCAAGAGCGCCGACACGGACGGUGAUGGUUGCAUCGACUUCAACGAAUUUAUCGCCAUGAUGUCGUCUAAGUAA